AUGGAUCAACAAGCAGCAGCAGCAGCAGUAGCAGCAGUAGCAGCAGUAGCAGCAGCACAAAACAACAAUGGUAGCAAUAUUAAUAUUAAUAACAAUGUUUUAAUUCCAAGAGUCUUAGAACUCAAUCCUUUAAAGUACAUAGAAAGAUUAUCUACUUUUGACGGUAAGACACAGGACUUACCUAUUUUUAUAAGUAACGUAGAUGACAUAAUUCCAACAUUACUGACAUACAACGAUCAAGGACAAAGAAUGUGUAUUAAUUUAUUAAAGUCCAAAUUCAUUGGUCGAGCUAGGCAAACUAUUGAGAUUCAUUCUCACCUCACUCAAUGGGCCGAUAUAAAGGCUAUCCUAAUUCAAAAUUUCGGGGGAUUCAAAAACAGUUAUCAACUGUAUGAUGACCUCAGAGCAGCACAGUUCAAAGGUGAUGUGCUUAAGUAUUAUAAUUAUAUACAAAGAACUUUAUCUUUGUUAAAUCAAAAAUGUUUACAGGAAAAUAACCAGUUAGACGUUCCUAGAAAUAACGAAACAGCCUUAAAAAUUUUUAAAGAAAAACUUCCUGUUCAUAUGAGAACAAUUUUAUAUUCCCUAAAGCCUUCCAGUAUGGAAGCAGCACUCCACGAAUUAUCAGAAGCAGGUUUUGUAACUCAUAAUUCUGAUUCAAAACCCCAAUCCAAAAAUGAAAGUCCUAAAAAUGAUAGUAAUUUUAGGAAAAAUUCUAAUAACAGAAAUAAUAACCAUAAUUACAAUAAUAAAAAUAACCAAAGACAAAAUAACAAUUAUCAAAGAACUUACGAAAAUAAACAAUAUCCUCAACAAGUUGAACCAAUGGAUAUAGAUCCAAGUUCAUCACAAGUAAGAAGAAUUAACAAAACGAAUUAUAUUAAUAAAAACACUGAACAUACAGAAGCAAAUUUUCGGGAUUCAGCCUCGGAAAUUCACUUCCCUAUAUUAAGAGCAACUAAUAGUCUUUUGCGUGAACAAGAUUCACCAAAGGAAUAUACAAAAUGGCGUACUAAGCCUAUGACAAUACGAACCGCAGGAAAUUCAAUAACUGUAAAUAAAGACGUAAUAAUACCAAAAAAUUAA